GCUUUUGGUUAAAAAGAAGCGGAUUUGUCCGACAUUUAUCUCGACGGGACUUCGCCUCUGCUGUCCUGCCCCGGCUGCCGUAGCGUGGGGGCAGACCCGGUGCAUGCCGGGAAACCACGUGUGGUCCUGACCAGGCUUGCCUCUGAUUUUCACCACCAUGUCGUUCAAAAAGAAGCAGAGCAGCGAUGAGCGCUUCCUCCGGGUCCAGAAGGACCCCAGGUUCUGGGAGAUGCCCGAGAAGGAGCAUAAAAUCAAGAUCGACAAACGCUUCCAGUCCAUGUUUCACGACAAGCGUUUCAAGGUGAAGUACACGGUGGACAAGCGAGGCCGUCCCAUCAACCACACGUCCACGGAGGACCUGAAGCGCUUCUACCAACUGUCCGACUCUGAGGAGGAGGAGGAGGAGGAUGAGGAGGAAGGGAAGGGCAGGAAGGCGGCAGAGAGGAAGAAAGUGAAGAAGAAAGUCCAGACAGGAAAGGCCGACGUGAAGGCCAAAGGGGAGCUGCUUGUACGAGGAGUCCGCGUGGUUGAAGAGGACACAACAACUCCAUCUGUUCACAUCUUAGAAGAAGAUGAAGAGGAGCAGCAGUCUGCUGACGAUGCCGACGUUGACCUGGGAGGCAGCGUGUCCGAGGACACCGAGGAGGAGAGUGACGAAGAGGAGGAGGGCACCGAGGCCAGCGGUUCUGAUGAGGAGGAGUCUGGUCUGGAUUCAGGCGAGGACAGCGACAGCGAGCCGGAUCUGGCCCGGGGGAGGGGCAACAUAGAGACCAGCUCGGAUGAAGACGAGGAGGACGACGUGGAUGCCAUCCUGAGGAGGGAGGAAGAGGAGAUCGAGCACGACUGGGGGGAGCUGUGCAAGGACGCCGUCCGAAGUGACGAGGUCUCUGCACGGCUGGCAGUCUGCAACAUAGACUGGGACCGCCUGAAAGCCAAAGACCUCCUGGUUCUGUUCGGCUCCUUCGUACCCAAAGGUGGAGCCGUUCUGUCCGUCAAGAUCUACCCCUCAGGGUUUGGGAAGGAGAGGUUUAAGGAGGAGGAGACCAAGGGACCGCUGGAGCUGAGAGCGCUUCCCGAUGACUCGGAGGACGACACCGAGGAAGAGAGGGUUUACAGAGAAAAGAUGCGCGACUACCAGUUCAAACGGCUCAAGUACUUCUACGCCGUGGUGGAGUGCGACUCGGUGGACACGGCGGCUAAGAUCUACGAGGAGUGUGACGGCUACGAGUACGAGAGCAGCUGCUCGGUCAUGGACCUCCGUUUUAUUCCUGACGAUCUGGCGUUUGACGAGGAGCCCAAAGACGUGGCGAUGGACGUGAACGUGUCACUAUAUACCCCAAAGCUGUUCACCUCGUCUGCUGCUGCCAGCUCCAAGGUGCAGCUGACGUGGGAUGAAACUGACCACGAGCGCGUGACGGCCCUGAACAGGAAGUUCAACAAAGACGAGCUGCUGGACAUGGACUUCAAAGCCUACCUUGCCUCCUCCAGCGAGGAAGAGGACGGUGAAGAGCAGGAGAGUGAAGAGGAGGCCCCUCCGGCAGAAGAAGAACCUGCUGAGCUCCAGGAGAAACCCCAAGAAGAGGAAGAGAACAUGAAGCAGAGGAUGAAGAAGAAUAAGAAAAGUGAGGAUCAGAUCUCCAAGUACAGAGAGCUGCUGAAAGGCAUCAAGGACAAAGAGAAGAAGCUGCAGGACGACAAAGGCAUGGAGAUGGAGAUCACCUGGGUGCCAGGUCUGAAGGAGAGCACAGAGGAGAUGGUGAGGAAGAAACUGGAGGGGACGGACAAGCUGACGCCCUGGGAGGACUAUCUGCAGAGGAAGAAGGACAAGAAGAAGAAGAAGAAGCAGCGGGUGGGGGAGGAAGAGCUGAGCGAUGACGAGCUUCCUCCUGACGUGGACCUCAGCGACCCCUUCUUCUCGGAGGAGCUUGGAGCUUCAGAACCGAAGAAGAAGCAGAAGGGCAGGAAGAGGAAGGAAGAGCGGGAAGUGGAGCGUACAGCUGAAGAGGAGGAAGAGCUGGAGCAACAAAAGGCUGAGAUUGCGCUGCUGAUGGAGGACGACGACAAACACAAACACUUCAACUACGACAAGAUCGUGGAACAACAAAACCUGAGCAAGAAGAAGAAGAAGAAGCUGCUGAAGAAGGGCCAGGAGCCGCUGGAUGACGAUGACUUCCAGGUGGACGUCAAAGACCCUCGUUUCCAGGCCAUGUUCUCCUCCCACCUGUUCAACCUGGACCCCUCCCACCCCAGCUUCAAGAAGACCAAAGCCACACAGAGCAUCCUGGCAGAGAAGCAGCGCAGACGAGACGACGAGCAGUGUCGUAUGGAAGACACGCCCAGGGCUCAAAAGACUCCCGAAAAACACGAAGGCGUGGGCACGACGAGAGAAAAUGACUCUGACGGUCCGACGGCCAAGAGAGCGAUGGACCCCAGUCUUUCGCUGCUUGUUAAAUCAAUUAAAAAUAAAACUGAGCAGUUUCAGGCUCGGAAGAAGCAGAAAGUCGUGUAGUUCUGAUGGACAGAUGGAUGCGGUGCUUCUUCCUGAAACCAGACUCCUGAUGUAAGGAACAUCCGUCAGGUUUCCUGAGCACCCGUGAACCUGCUUCCUGUUGACGGGACUGAUUACUUUUGUGUGUGUUUGUACAGAAACAUUUAAGUGACAGGAAACAUCCUUAAAUGUAAAAA